AUGACAACUUGCGUUUCUAUUUCUGCAGCAGAGAUCAGAAAGUUGACUACGCAAAAACUUAUCGAAUUUUUACAAAAAGAAGAUUUAGAACUUAUAGAUGAGGAUUUUAGUAUAAUUUCCAGAGAGAGAAUCAAUGGUCGUGACUUCUUUAAUUUAACCAAGGAUAUACUUAGAAGCUAUGGCAUGAAAGGAGGGCCUGCGACAAGAAUUGCAGUCUUUGCUAAUGAGCUCAAAGGGAAAAAAUCAAGAGCUUUUCAUGAAUGCAUUUCAGAACCAAUUACUUUCUCUAUCCCAGAUAGAAAAUUAAUACAGCAUGCCGAGUUACCAGAAGUGACAAAUGAGUUAUCAGUAACACUACGACUGAAUGUUCUGUUUCACAAUCGCAUCCAUGUUUCUGUUUUUCAUAAAGGCGAAGUAAAUGAAGAUCGAAUCAAUGCGGUCGGCGGCGGACUUUCUUUGAACAGAUGGUAUCAUCUAGUCUACACACUCUCUGAACCAGAAAAGAAAUUAAAUUUUUACAUAGAUGGAAAAUGGGUCGAAUUUCAUAGUUUCCAACAAGAUAUCAAAUACAAUAAUGGACCAUUGUGCAUCGGAAAUGAUAGAUUCCAUAAUGGGUUUACUGGCUUAAUCAGCAAUUUUCGUUAUUAUAACUGGAGUUUAUCUGCUGAAGAAGUGAAAGAAGAAUAUUUGAAACAUACUAAUAAUACCAAAACCAGCUAUGUAACUACCAACGACUGCAAUAGCGUUAACUAG